AUGAGAUUUUCUACUAUUGUACAUUCACUGUCUGUCGCUUCGGCACUUGGGGCUUCCAUACCCAAACGCAAUGAAGAGUUAUUUACUCUAAAGUUCUCUGCUGAGGAAACAAGCCAAGUCACUGCUGCGGAAAAGUGGAAGCUUCUUAAGGCAGGAAAACGAUUCGUAGACAUCACAAACCACGCCGACUUCCAUGCUGCCGCCCGGAAGCGUAAUGUUCAGACUAAUGUCACUUUUCCAUCAGCAGUCCAUUAUGAAGAAAGCGUCAACGCCCUCUUACCGAGGCUCAAUAAGACCAAUAUGGAAUCCGUAUUGAAACCGUUUUCCGAGUUCUAUAAUCGUUGGUUCAACAACACAAAUGGCAAGGAAUCGUCCGAAUGGCUGUAUUCCCAGGUCCAAGCUAUCAUCAAUUCUUCUGAAGCAAAGGGUGCCGAUGUACGUUUCUUCAAGCAUGACUUUCCACAGAGCAGCAUCAUUGCCACCAUCCCCGGGAAAAGCAACAAUACUAUUGUCAUCGGCUCGCACCAGGACACCAUCUCCCUCGACGAAGAGGGUGACCCCGGUUUGUUACGUCACCCAGGUGCCGAUGACGAUGGCAGCGGUGUGGUCACCAUUCUUGAAGCAUUCAGGGUACUUCUUUCUGACCCGACCGUGGCAAGCGGCCGCGCGGAAAACACCUUGGAAUUCCACUGGUAUGCGGCAGAGGAGCCCGGUCUAUUGGGGAGCCAGGCGGUGUUCGAGAAUUACAAGAACAACUCCAGGGCUGUGAAGGCCAUGUUGCAACAGGACAUGACAGGCUAUGUCAAGAAUGGUACUGUCGAACAAUUUGGUCUUAUCACUGACCAUGUGAGCGUUCCAUUGACCGAGUUUAUCAAACUUGCCAUCGACGCUUAUUGCGACAUACCUUACGUCGAGGACGAAUGUGGAUACGGCUGUUCUGAUCAUUCCAGCGCUCUCGAUGCCGGUUACCCUUCUGCAUUCGUCUUCGAGUCUGCGUUCAACGACCACAGUCCUUACAUUCAUUCCGCAAAUGACACCAUUGAGUCUGUGAAUUUUGACCACGCACUUCAGCAUGCAAAGCUGGUGGUUGGUUUCGCCUACGAGCUGGGAUUCACGGCAAAUUUGUGA